AUGAUGGAAACAGUCGAACGAUUCGAUCAAACGGAAGGAUAUGGACAUUCGUUACGUAAUAAGUAUCAAGUGUUUGAAAAACUUCGCGCUACGUACGGCGGUGAUUAUGCUCGUGGUCAACAGAAGUACUCGAGCGGUCAACACCGCAUCCGAUUUCAGCUAGAACCGAUUGGAGAGGAUAAAGAAGCAAAUAUAAUCCUCGUCGGUGUUAUCUCGGCAAAUGUCACUGCUACAGAUCAAUAUUUUAACAGGACACCUUCGACCUAUGCGUGGGAAACAUCGUCUCACGAUUGGGAAGAUAAAACAACUAUUGUAGAAAAUGGUCAACAUAAAAAAGUGCCAAAAGACAAGUGGGCAGGUGCGGAAACGGGGGAUAUACUCGAGUUGAUCAUUGAUUGUGAUCAACAACUUAUUCGGAUAAAGAAUGAAACAAGAAAGACAGGCGAUACGAUGAAAGUUGAUUUGAAUAAUUGUCCUUUGCCAUGGAAAUUCAUCGUCAUUUUUUCGAUGUAUCCGGAUCGUGUCGGUUCUCGAUUGAAACUUCGCCCGACCGUUACCCGUGUUACCAACUCAUUAGGUCAAACUCAUCAUGAGAGUAAAUCUGAUGAUGGAACAUUCGAAACACAUGACCAACCAAGUGACUCGAAUGGUGCAUUUAUGGUCAUUGACAACUCACCUGAUGAAAAACUUCAUCGUGUUAUAGAUGGUGUUUACAUCGGUUCACAAGACGCAGCAUCGAAUCUCCCGGGUCUCAACGAAUGUAAAAUCACACAUAUACUCAAUGUAGCAACGGGAAUCGAAAAUGCCUUCCCUGACCGAUACAAUUAUUUGAAUAUUGAAUUAUUAGAUGUGCCUGAAACAAAUAUUUCGAAAGUCUUUGCACAAACCAAUCAAUUCAUCGAACAAGCACUGGCUGAUAAUGGAUGUGUACUGGUGCAUUGCAAUGCGGGCAUUUCGCGGAGUUCGAGCAUAGUCUUAGCUUAUCUGAUAGGCACACGUCGAAUGCCGUAUGAAGAUGCGUAUCAACUAGUGAAAAGAGCACGUCCGAACAUCCGACCAAACGAUGGAUUCGUGCGACAAUUGAAACAAUAUGCAACCGAAGAUAAAAAGGCAACACUAAAACUCAUUAUACAGCAUACUAACAUUUGCAUGGCGUCGUCAAAUGUUCCACAAUAUCAGUACAGUGAUAUUCAAACAGUUCUAGUGGACAAACUCAGAGAGUGGUGCAAACACUUUCCAGACGAUAGUACCAAACCCAUUCAUGUUUUACCGGUGGUUAGACACGAUGAUCCGGAUCGAUUUCAAUCAUCCUUAGAAAACGAGAGCAUCGAGCAUAAUGGGGAACGCAUCAUACUUAUUCCAUACUAUUUCGGGAACUCUCAUUGUACCGGAAUCCUACUGGAAUUUAACGCAGAUGGAUCGAUCAACAGAGCUGAAUAUACAGAUCCAGUGAACGGUAUCAUACCAAACAAAUUACAAAGCCAGUUCAAAGAAGUUUAUUCGGAGUGCACUCUGCAGGUGAAAGAUUUGCCACAACAACAUGAUGCGGUCAAUAGUGCGGCAAUAACGAUUGAAAGCUUAUUAGCAGGUAUCAAUGUUGACUUAUCGAAAAUCACUCCAGUGACGUCUAUUACUUCAUCAAUAAAUAACAUUCCAAACGAAGGUAACGGAAACGAACUUUAUCCCCGAUUAGAUUCCUUAGAACAUAAUUUGGAAUCACAUAACUUGCAGAAUACAGAUGAACUGCAAAUAGGAAUUCUGAAUGAAGGUUUUGAUGAUCGAGGUGCGAGACGUUCGUACAUUGAAAACCUUCGUACUGAUUGUAAUUCUAUUCCACCAUGCGCUGAGAAAACAAUUUUGGAGCUUCUCAUACACUUCAACGAAAAACAGUUAGAAGGAGCUUCUUCAUUAACGAGAGAUUCAGAAAUUGAACUGUUGCAAAAACUUAGAGAACAGAUGAUACGAGAGCAAUUUUUCUCCGAAUGGACUCAAACGAGAUUUCAAGAAUUGAAUACAAACAUCGAGAAUAGUAAUGAUUCAUCUGUCGUAACUUGUUUGAGUAAGCUGUUGACACGAAUUCGCCCAUUACACGUUCAAGAAAUGCAAAGACUAGUGUUGAAAGCCAACCAAGCUGCGGAUUUAAUUCGUAAUCAAGAUAUCGUCCUUCUCUUAGGUGAAACUGGAUCUGGUAAAUCGACUAUGAUUCAAUUUUUAGCAGGAUGUCGCAUGACCCAAAAGAAGGUUAAGAUUGCGUCGGGACGCUUUUUAGUUCAUAUUACAACUGAUGACAUAGGAAAAGAUCCUGGAUUGACGAACGUCAUCAGUUCUCCAUUCAAUAGAUCAGAAACGCGAUAUAUCGCGCCUGUGACGGUACAACUAAAAGACAUUCUCGGUAGUUGCGAAGACGGAGAUGUUGUUCUAUGUGAUGCACCAGGCUUUGGUGAUACAGCAGGUCCCGAAGUCGAUAUCGCCAAUUCAUUAGGAGUUAUUGAAGCUCUCAAACAGACAAAAAGUGUCAAAUUACUUGUUUUAUCAAGUUAUAAGAGCUUAGGCGACCGAGGACAGGGCAUUCAGAAGUUAACGAACAUCUUAGUCAACAUGGUAGACCGAAUAGAAAAUAAAUUCGAGUCGAUAUUCUAUGCAUUUACAAAAUAUCCUUCCGAGAUCAAUGUAAACGCUGAACUUCUCGAUAUUAAAAUGUCAAAAGUAGAUAGAGAUGAAGUUUUGGCAAGUAACAAGCCUUUUGUCGCAGUUUUAAAAGAUAUGAUUGCAAAAACUGGGAGAACCGAAUUAAAGGUCCAUCCUAUUCGUGAUCACCCAAGUACAUUGAUGAAAAUCUUGAAGAGUGGAACAGGAAUUGAACAUCCCGAAGAAGUAUUUCGCUUUCCUAUGAGUAGUGACACGCGCGAAACUAUUAAUAAGCAUAUUCAACGCGAUAGAGGGGCGAUCGACUGUGGAAUGAAACUGAAAGAUAUGCAUUUAGUUUCUUAUUAUUUGAACGAUUUAAAAAAGCUGAACGAUCUCCUGAAACAGGAUGAUAUUCGCGAAAUUUAUAAUAAAUGCAAAAGUUCAAUUCACGACAAAAUUCAGGAAUUUUGUCAUGAAGUACUGAACAAUUUUGCUCGUGUCAUAAAUAGUCAAGAUGGAUUAAAAGAAGAUGACCUUCAAGAUUAUAAAAUUGCAGUAGAAUAUCUUCAACAGACUGAGGCUGUCAAACAACACUUAGGCUCGUCUUUAUCUCCAUCGACUACGUUGAAGCAUGGCAUUGAUUCACAGCUCGAAGCCAGACGAAUUGCUUUGCAAAGUGAAGAAUUACACAGUCCUAUGAUAGCAGUCUACUUAGAAAAUAUCCGUCUGUUGAAAGCUUCUUUCCGAGAGUUCGAACAGAAUUAUGCAAGUUCUUGUCAGAAAUACGAGAAACGUUUUCAAGAGCUUUUACAAUCCGGACAAGAGAUUAUUCUAACGAACGAUUUCAAAUCGAUUGCUGAGGUUCUCUUGAAAAUAUCCAAAGCUGUUGAUAAUUUACAAAUCCAUAUCCAUGACUCAAUCGUUGCGAAAUAUAAUAACACAGUCCAAUCACUUCUACGACGUUUAAGUCAAUAUUCCGAUCAAGUCAACGUUACUUUAGCGAAGAGUCGAAUCAGUAGCGAUGACGUGAAAAUCUUACAAGACAUUAUCGGCGUCUUAAGAUCAGCCAAAGAAACAUACGCGCUCCGAGAAGUUAUCUCAAAACAUCUAGCAAAGUGCGAUGAGACAAAAGAAUGCUGUCAAGAUUUAGAUAGCAUCUACGAGCUAUUUCUGACUAAGAUCAUCGAGUGCUUCGAUAAACUAAUCCAACAAAUCGCGAAUCUGAUCGAAACAAAUGAAGAUAAUACCUUAGAUAUCAUUCAUCAAACCAUUGAAAAUAUAAAAACUAUUCAUAAAAUACCCGAAGUUGAAAUAAGAACUGUGACAGUAUAUUAUAAUAUCAUUGAAAGCAUUCGGAGUUAUAUGACUCAACUACAACGCAAUACACGUCAAUCUCUCGACACUAUUGAUCAUCAAUCAGGAAACAUCGACUGUAAAGAACUUUUGCAUUCAUUUAAACUUCUAGAGAAUGCAAAAUGGAUGAAUACUAUAUUACCAGGCUCCUAUGAUACUGCGAUGCAUCGUCUUAAUGAAGAAUUUACCGAAUGUGUAGGUCAGUUCGAACAGCGUCUAAAAAGACUCGACUUAAGUUUGAAAUAUCCUGAUCGUAUCAUUGUAGCGAAAGAAAUUCUUGAGAAAACGGAGUAUUUGUGUACCUUACAACCUGAUACACAGGAACUAGCCAUGUAUCGGCAUCGAAUGUUAAACCAUGUUGUUUAUCGUAUACGACUUGUUUACAAUGAAGUUGCGGCAGAUUUCGCUUGUUCUGAUGAAACAGAUCGUCAAGAAACGACUGAUCCGAGACAAUUUUUAGAGACAACAUCAGUAUUUACUCGUUCACAUUCACAGAAUAGUAUAGAUGUCGAUAUGUCGACCUAUCUGUUCGUUGAACAACAGCCAACAUUAGAAAGCAUCAGAAGUGACAAAAGACAGUUACAGGAAAGCGUACGCAGACUUGAAUCGUAUGUCGACGAAUACGAGAGAAUUCUGUACGGUAACGGUCUAUUGAAUGCAGCAGUAAAAGUUUUUUCGCGCACGAUAAAGCAAACCGAAAAAGUAAAACCUGUGGCAACAACUUAUUUACUCCAGAAGGGUUAUCAUAACAUCGAUGCUGUAAGGAAGACGAUCGCAAAGUUCAAGAGAGAAUUAGAGAGUCUCAAUAAACAAGAAAAAGUAAUGAAUGAUUCUCAAAUGCAUCAGCAAUCCAGCGAACCAGACUCUCGAUCAUCCGACACAACGAAUGUCCCGAUAAAACGUCGAAAAUACAAAUCAAGCAAAGGCUUAGUCGACAAAUCACAAAUGUUAGCGGCAAAUAAUGCUUUGAUUUAUUUUAAAAACUGCGAACAGAUAGGUUAUGAUCGGAUUAGAGUGAUUGCCGAUGAUGCAAUUGAAAUAGUGAAACAGUAUUUAGAUAACUUCAUAAGUUCAUUAGAACAGAAAAUCAACGAAGUUUUUGCCCGCGCGACUGAGAUCGAAAAUUAUCGACGUGAAAAUUCUUCGAAAUAUUCACAAGACAUCGAAAUCCACUUACAAGCGCUCGAUUUUCUUUCGAGAUUUUCCGAAGUUUAUGAACAUAUUGACGGUCAGGAGAAAUUAAAGAGUCAUCAACAGCAAUAUCGCGAUUAUUACGAAACGUUGAAGAGUAGAAUGGAGCAAUACAAAUCUUCUGGUCAAAGUAGAGAACUACGGGAUCAUUUGCUCAUUGCACAAACAUUGACUUGCAUCGAUCGAUUUUUGCAAGGAGAUUUUCUGUUGAAUGGAUAUCAAGAAUUAUAUAAAAAGUAUCAAUUCGAAUUAAUCCAAGAUUGCGAAAAAGCAUCAGCUAUUGUUCUUGCUUGUAUAGACAAGAGUGAAUAUGACAACGUUGAUGCACAACUAUCACAUAUGGAUGAGAAAUUCGUUAAUCCUUUACAUUUUGCGCAUAUUAAAUAUAGUCUUCAAUCUUCUCUACAUAACUUAAUGAAUGAUAUUGAACGUGAUGUCAAUAAUCUCGAAGAGAAGUUGCAGAAAGACGAACAAAAUCAACAAUGUGUUCAAAAUCUGAAAUCUAAGAUUAAUAAGGUUCGAUUCGUCUUGGAAAAACCGUUAAUUAUGAACUUACUAGAUGAAUAUACUUGUGAUCGUCUUCGAAACUUUUCCCAACGUAUUGAUAAAACUCUUUCAGUCAUCUUCUUGAGUAAUAUCGAAUCGAUUGGGUAUCUAUUAGACACAGAUCGUUUUGUUGAAGCACAGCAAUUGAUAGACAUCGUUGUUGGUCUCCAUCGAAAACUAGCGGAACAUUGUAAAUCGGAAGAGGUUUUCAACAGAUUGGAAACCAUUAAUGAGCGAAUGAAUAAUAUUGUUCCUGAAAUUUGGAGUCGCUACAGUCUCGAUGAUAUGUAUAAUUAUGUACUCAACCCGCCGAAAACGAUUUUGAAAAAAUUGGAAAUAGCGGCAUCACAAAGCGGUGCAAAAUACGCGAAAGCUCAUCAAGACUUAUCGCAAAAAAUUCAGCAAUACUUAAUAACAACGAUAGAAAAGGAACGCACGUCUCCGUUGGUCGAACGGACUCAUAAGAUACGUAUGUUAAAUAAUGUUGCACAAUAUUUACCCGAUGACUUGAAAACUACAUUUCAAUCCAAGCUUGAUGAAUUACAGAUCGAGACUAUUGAACGAGAAAAUGAAUAUAACCAAGAUUUAGAGGCGUGCUUAAGGAAUCUCAGCGAUGAUGACCGUAUUAUCGCAAAACUUGGAAAAUUAGCUAAGGAGUAUCAAAAAGAAAAAUUGGAUGGACUCUUCAAUCGAUUACGUGCGGAGGUUUUAAAGAAACUUUCUACUUAUCAAACUCUUGUUCAAACUUCUCUAGACGAGCGAAAUCUACCAAAAGCGUUCGAUUGUAUGAAGAAAAUAUUCGAGUAUAAACAAUAUUUAAGUAAUUCGAUUUCCGAAACCGAAGAGAUUAGUCAGAGUGUUAUUCAGCUAACAAGAAGACGUUUUUUUAACUGUUGUGAGAUUCUUGCGGGAAUUUCGUCCAUUGAACAAGCGUCUACAGUUGAAACAGCAUUUAAUGAUAUUCUUGUUUAUCUUCAUUCGUCUGAAAUAUUUGAUAAAAAGGUCGUUCUUCUAUUCUCGGAUGAUAUUUUACACGAUGCCACGCAGGAACUGGAGAACAUGUUCCGAUAUCUACGAGAUAUCGAGAAACGAUUUCGAAUUACUUUGAAUGCAAAGAAUUUUCAUCAAUUAGGGCAACUACUGGUUAUCUCAAAGAAGUGGGAUCCAUGUCUCGAGAAAAUUAGGCAAUGCCGAUCGAAACAUCCGUUUAUGAAGAAUUUCGUUAGUAUAACGAAAAAUCUCACUCAACAUACAGACAUGAUCGAUGAAGUAGAGAACUUAGUUCGUGUUUUCAUCGAACAAGUCAACGUGGAGCUUGUUACUGAUGAUACGAUUCGAUUUGAAGUCAAACGUAAUGAACUAUACGCGAAUUUAGCUAUUUCGAUGAACACGUUAAGAGCUAUUGGUUCGAAAUUGAAUGAUUUUUUGUCAUCAAUGAUUGAUACUGAUGGAUUAGAGAAAGUCUUGGAAGCAAAGAUCGAAAUAAUCAUCAAUCAAUUACUUGAAAAGAUAUCAAAAGAAGAAUUGUCUCAAAAAGACACAGAUGAAUUUCGUAUUUACUAUAACCACCUAGCUUCAUUUAGUAAGCACGUGAAUCUCUUCAAAGCUCGCAUCGAACAAGUUUUAGCAGCGUCCGAGGAAAAAAUUACUACAAAAGUGACAUUUUUGCAUAAGCAAAUAGUAACAGACAGCUUGCCGAUUACGGGUAUCGCUCCACUAUUGAUAAAAAUGAAAUUUCUCGCUGAAAACUUGUCGAUGUUUGAUCGGAAGAUAUGUGAUGAAAUCGAUGAAACAUUGAAAACUUACAAAGAUCAACGAGGUAUACUGUCUAUCAUGGCGCUAGUUGUUGAAUUGGAAAAGGACGGUAUUGGAAUGAGAUUAAUUAGCGAACAUUCUUGUUUGAGUGGAGAAAGUUGGAGAAGACGGCGUGAUAAAAUGCAAAAACAAGAUGAUAUCGAUUACGUGCUGCGAGAGUUAUCUGGGGAUGCGAUUUGUCUACAGACUUUACGUACGCGCUAUGAAACGUUCAGAAAAAAAUACGAUGAAUUAAUAACAGAGAAUUUGAGAUCAAUCGAUGUAACUAGAGAAAAUAAGAGCGUUGACGUAGGAGCGCUUGUUACACAGAUCAAAUUCAUGACAGGAUCAGUCAUUGAUACAUCGAAAGAGAUUAUUUGGCAGUAUUCCUUCGAACAGAAGAUUCCACAACUUGUAGCAUAUAUUUUCGCUGUUUGGACAUUGAAAAAUACGCAACAUUAUAACACAGCACGUGGAAUUGAUGCAGCUAAAUCGUAUUUAUUGAUACCACAUGUUGGACAAGUGAUUACGAUUUUUCGUCUACUUGGUAUUGGUUAUACAUCUAAUACGAUGACCAGAAUUUUUCGUUCUACAUCGACAAAGAAGAUUUCGGAGAGUCUAGUCAAUAAUCUAGUCGAAAUAGGUACAGGGGAAGGAAAAUCUGUUGUAAUGGCAAUCACGGCUUGCGUUUUUGCUUUGACAGGAAUCGAUGUGAACUGUUCGUGCUAUAGCAAAGUAUUGAGCACUCGAGAUAAGAAAGAUUUCAAAUCCGUUUUUGAAGCUCUUGGCGUUGAAAAUCGCAUCAAAUAUGGGACUUUUGAUAAAUUAUGCGAACAAUUCCUAAAUGAAAAAUGUAAUAUUCGAGAUCAAGUAUCUGAAAUGAUUACGAAGAAUAAGGAUACCUUGCCUAAUAUUGAUAAGGCUAAUGGAACGAACCGUACCAAUCCAAAGGUAUUGUUGAUUGAUGAAGUUGAUGUCUUUCUAAGUGAUCGAUUUUACGGUGGAACAUAUCGACCCGUAGUAAUCCUAAAUGAUCCUCCUAUCCGCGCAUUGUUAAGCGCGAUUUGGGAAAAGAAGGAGUCAAUCACCGCGAAUGAAGUGAAGAGCCUACCAGCAUAUCAAACUUGUGCUUUUCAAUAUAGUGAUUGGAUUUUUAUUUUUCAUGAAGCUAUCAAAGAUAUGGUAGGUGCGUUACGAUCGUUUAAGAGCCCCAAGUAUAUUGUUCGAAAUAAUAAGAUUUGUUAUGUUCAGGAUGAAUCUGUAGUCGACAGUAUCGUAUACGGCUAUAACACUAUGUGGGCAUAUUAUGAUGAACAUAGUAAAGGAAAUAUUACUGAAAAUAGUCUAGAGGAAAAUGUCGGUCUGCUUGUGAAUUGUGGAGAAUUUUGUUAUGCAGAAAUGCCUCAUGAUUUCGCUUAUAUUGCCGGUGUUACAGGAACUCUGAAAACUCUUGCUAAAUCAGAAAAAUAUACAUUAACGAACGUGUAUCAAAUACAUGAACAUACUUUUAUGCCGUCUGUUUUCGCGAAGAGUAAUCGUACCUACGAUUCUUCGACCGAUGUCGAGGUAAUGAAUGAUUCUGAGUAUUUUAUCCGAAUCCGUCGAGAAAUCGAUUCUAUACGGCAGGCUGAACGUGCGAUUCUUGUGUUCUUUAAAUCCCAAGACGCAUUGAUAGCAUUUUACAAUUCAGUUGAGCUAUCUUCAUUGAAAGAAUCUGUCCAACUAAUUACAGAGGAAGUAAGCACGGAGGAUCGGGACCGAUGUGUUAAACAUGCAGCGCGUCAGGGACAAGUAACAUUAAUCACGCGGAUAUUCGGACGUGGUACAGAUUUUAUCUGUGAUACUCCGCAAGUUUUAGCAAAAGGAGGUGUUCAUGUCCUUCAAACAUUUUUCUCCAUGGAAUUAGCUGAAGAAUAUCAAAUUAUGGGUCGAUCGGCGCGACAGGGUGAUCGAGGUUCAUACCGAAUGAUUAUAUUAGACAAAGAUUUAGAAUGGGUUUUCGGCUUGACAUGGAAAGAUAAACUUCCGACUAUUGAACGCAGCAAACUAUAUGAAACACUCCAUACAGCUCGUCAGGCCAUCUACGAAAGUAAAUGUAGUGCAAAAAAUCUUAGUUUAGAACAACGUAAGCUUGAGCAUCAAGUCUCCAAAGACUUCGUGAGCGCAUUAUGUAAAGGUAACAUAAGAACUGUAAAAAGAUUUCUAGGUAAACGAAAUAAAGGGAUAGAUUUGUUAGAUGAUUCUUCGCGUACGCUUGUACUUAUCAGCGGCCCAGGUUCACUCUAUGUCCUGUUGUCUAGUAUGAAAGAAAUAAUUUGUACGAUAUUUCAACGUGCGUCAGCUAUCUUAGACAAAAUGGAUUUACCGAGUGAUGUAAUUCAAAUGCAAAUCGCGGUUUACCAAAAUUGCACUGUUCGAGGAAAUGAGGUUUUGCAGUAUUCUUCUUGGCAUUCGAAAGGUAGUAGUUUACGAGCAUUUCUUAAUACGAUUAACUAUGCUAGAAGCGCUUUAGAGAAUUCGAUGGAAGUUAAUUUACCAAAUAUCGAUGUUAUAGAAAAGUCUCUUUCACAAGUUAUUUUUAUUGGAAGUGCUUCCGUGAAUAUCACUCGGGAACGCUCCGAUGACGAAUACUCAGAUAGUCUACAUGAAAUUAAGAGAUUAAUAGAGAAGAAAAUUCCUAUUCAUACAUUGUAUUUAAAUCAUUCGGCCAAAGAUAGCUUUCAGCAAAUCGCUACUCAGACAGGCGGACGGUGUGAGCAGCUCGAUAUUUUUUCCAGUCAUGGUGCUGAAUUACUUACUCAGUUUAUUACAGAAGAAGUGUUGAGAAAAGCAGCUGGAAUACAAGGAAAUAAUGCAGUUCAGUUGUAUCGGACAAGUUAUGUGAAAUGA